AUGCUUGCAAAAGCAGUAGCCACUGAAUGUAAAACUACAUUCUUUUGUGUUUCAGUUUCUGCUUUGACAUCCAAGUGGAGAGGUGAAUCAGAAAAAUUAAUCAAAUUAUUAUUCGAAAUGGCAAGAUUCUAUGCUCCAAGUACUAUAUUUAUUGACGAAAUUGAUGCCUUAGGUGGAAAGAGAUCAGAAGGUGAACAUGAAGCAAGCAGAAGAGUGAAAACAGAACUUUUGGUACAAAUGGAUGGUGCUAAUAAUGAUGCACUGAAUCCAGAAGAAAAGAAGAUGGUUCUAGUAUUGGGAGCUACCAAUCACCCUUGGGAGCUUGACGAUGCUUUGAGAAGACGUUUAGAAAAGAGAAUUCACAUUCCUCUUCCAGAUCAUGAAGGAAGAAAGUUAAUUUUCAAACUUUAUUUGGAUAAAUUAAUUAUAGGCGAAGAUGUUAAUGUUGAUGAGUUAUCUAGAUUGACAGAAGGUUACAGUCCUGCUGAUAUUAAGUUAAUUUGCAGAGAUGCAGCUAUGAUGGUCCUCAGAAAAGCCAUUGAAAGCUUUGGUAAAACUGGGUUAAUCUCAAAACAAGACGAGUUGAAGAAUCAACCUAUUUCAAUGAACAACUUUUUGGAGACAUUAAAAAACGUGAGCUCUUCUGUGGGUACAGCUGAGCUUGAUAGAUAUAAAAAGUGGAUGGAAGAAUUUGGAUCAAAAUAAAUUAUCAUUUCACUUU